AUGUCAGAUUCUGACCACUCUCAUCGCUCUCUUCGCUCUCAUCACUCUGGAGACUCCACCAGUGGUGCCACAGAGCCUCAACUGCAAUCUGUAUCUGGCCGUAAAGAGGCCGCUUAUUGGAGACUGGAAGAGGAGACCGCCUUCCUUAGAUACCUCUAUGAUAACAGGUCUGGCACAGAUGGCGCCACCUUCCCCAAGAGAACCUAUACAGAAGCUUCUGAGCACCUUGCAAAGCACUUCAAAAACCAGAAGGGUGGGGAUAAAACAAUUUCAGCCUGCAAGUCAAAGUUUUUGGCUCUCAAGAAGGCUUAUCUCACCGCUCAAGCACUCAAAGUUGGUGGAUUGUCGUCAGGAUUCACAUGGACAGAAGCGGGGGGGCAACCAUAG